GACCUUUUUUCCAGCUUGACCAGAAGUCACUAGCCCCGGCACUGCCCCGGUCAACAAUAUUCGACAGAGGUUAAGAUUAAUGGUUCCCCGUCAAAUUGAUUUAUUUUUCGACCCUCUGUUGACAUAACUACAAUCAACAGAAAAAAAUUAAACAAACAGAAUUAAGGGCUCGGAAAAUAAAAAUGAACAAAUUUAACAAACUGAUGUAUCCAUUUUUAGGUUUUAAAUGCUUCCAGUAGCUUUCUUCAAAGCACUUUUAAUUUAUUUUGUCAAAAUGCAAAACCGAGGCAAACAUAUGGUCGCCUAAUUAUAUUAGCAAAUUUAAUUGCCUUGUCAUAGGCCCAAUGGCUUUCUUUGCGCCAACUUCCUAAUUGGCAUUUAAUUAAACGUCCCACUUCGACUUUGUAUAUAUAAGUCGAAUCCAACUUUCAUAAAUUAAAAAAAGAUCCAAGAUGAACGGCUUGAGCAGCAAACUCUUCGGGUGUCACAUUUAUUUCGCCCUCACCAUCGCCCUUUUGAUGUCCUUAGCCUGGACACUUCCUGUCGAAAAUAAGGAGACGACUGUGACUUUUCAGGAUGAAACCACAAACACUGAGGAAUUUAUUGAAGGUGUUCCAGUAAUAGAAGAGUCCUCGAACCACGGUCAGCUACGAUUCCCUCCUUUCAACAAUAAUGAAUCCGGAGGAUUUUUCGAAAGAUUUGGUGAAAAAUUUAGAAACAAAUGGAAUCCAUCCUCGACUACUACAACUACCACUACUACAACCACUACCAGGGCUCCGGCUGGUAAAUGAGUUGGACAAAUAAGAAACGUACAAAGAUUUAUUUAAAUAUUUAUUAAAAAUGUUUAUAUUGAAAAAAAAUUUAUAAAUUAAUAAAAAA